CAAAAAUCUGAUUGAAAUUGAGAGUAAUUGUUGGAUAAAAGAAGCGUUAAAUACAGGGACCCAGAGGGAGGGCGCAGGGAUGUGUGCUAUUCUACCAAACUAAAUAAAUAGAGAGAGAGAGAGAGUUGAGAGAGCGUGGACUUCGGUUUUCGUGGGCGUUGGGAGCGUUGGGGAUCAGCCAUCAGGGAGAAGAAGGAGAAGAAGGGCAUACACCCCAAUUGAAAUUUCCUGUAACUGUAACUAAAAUGGCAUCAACGGAGGGUUUGGUGCCCAUUACCAGAAGUUUUUUGGCUUCUUAUUAUGAUAAGUACCCAUUUGCCCCUCUUUCCGAUGAAGUCUCUCUCCUUUCUUCUCAGAUUCGUUCUAUUGUCAAUGAUUUGCUACAGGUCUCUCCCCCUCUCAAGAUGAGAGCUUGUUGAUGCAGGAGGCUGACCGCCAGCCUCCCCAUAAAAUUGAUGAGAAUAUGUGGAAGAAUCGGGAACAUAUGGAGGAAAUCCUGUUUUUACUGGAAAGAUCACAUUGGCCAGCUGUGCUUCAACAGCCAUCUACACCUGACGAUGUUGAAUCAGCAAAUGUCUUUGAGAGGCUCAGUAAAAAAUUUCAAAGGAGUUUGAAAGAGUUGAAGAAUUUCCAAUCUAUGAAUUCUGAUCGUGUAUUCAACACUGUCAUGACCUACAUGCCUCAAGAUUUUCGGGGAACACUAAUCAGGCAACAAAAAGAUAGAUCGGAGAGGAAUAAGCAAGCAGAGGUUGAUGCUUUAAUUAAUUCUGGUGGAAGCAUACGUGACCAAUAUGCCCUUCUCUGGAAGCAACAAAUGGAUAGGAGGAGACAGUUAGCUCAGCUUGGGUCUGCCACAGGUGUUUAUAAAACACUUGUCAAGUACUUGGUGGGAGUUCCACAGGUUUUACUGGAUUUUGUUCGUCAAAUAAAUGAUGAUGAUGGGCCUAUGGAAGAGCAGCGACAACGUUAUGGACCUCCUUUAUACAGUCUAACAGUAAUGGUGACCUUUAUCCGACUUUUUCUUUUGUUGGUAUGGGGGAGGUUUAAUGCUAAUAAACUAAAGAGAGAUCAGAUUGCUGUCUUGGAACAAGCAGUUGAUAUUUACACCUCUGAGUUUGAGAGGUUCACCAAAUUUAUUGGUGAGGUCUUUGCGAAUUCCCCGUUCUUUAUUUCAGCAGAGGUUGCAGGUGCACUAGAAGCUGGGAAAAAUGAUGAUUACAAGGAAAUAACUGUUCAAGCUGGGAAAAAUUAUGAGGUCUCUUUGACUGUGGAUUCUGUAAACUCUUACAUUGCUUGGGAUUUUUCAUUGGUGCAAGGCAAGAUUAAUAUGGAUAUUGGUUUUAGUUUGGAGUACACAAAUCCUUCUGGAGAGAAAACUCUGAUAUUACCUUACCGCCGUUAUGAGUCUGAUCAAGGCAACUUCUGUACCAUUAUGGUGGGGAACUACAAACUCAUUUGGGACAAUUCAUAUUCAACUUUUUUUAAAAAGGUCCUGCGCUACAAAGUGGACUGCAUACCUCCUGUUGUUGAGCCAGCACAGUCAACUGACGUGGAAGGAUGAGAGAAGCCUUGUAUUCAUUGGAAAGCAGUGUAAUCUUGAGUGAUUAUUUUCAAUUUAUUUGUCAUUGCUUCUUCUAAGGUUGGUAUGAUUCGAUGAAGAAUCUCAACCGGAAUGUUACAUAUGUAUAUUACUUGAAAUUAGUAUAACCAAUUCUUGUUGUCACUAUGCGAAGGUGUAACCUACGCAUGAUGACCUAAAUAGAUUUUCAAUUUUUUUCCUAAA